AUGGCCGACCAGGAAGUUAAGGCGGUGGAGAUACAGCAGGAACCACCGCCUCCCGAUUCAAAAGCCAGACGACAGAAGAGAGUAGAGAUUCUCCAGGCAUGCAAGAAACAAGACAUUAGAUCUCUAGCGAGGCUUGCUACCUCUGAAGGUGGUUUGCUACAAGAUGAUAUCCGCGUACAAGCUUGGCCAAUUCUCCAGGGAUAUGACAAAACUGCCCACAACAGGGAGCUACCGCCAUUACCAGAAUUGCCCAGCCAUGGUGAUGAGGAGCAGGUUAAGUUAGAUGUGAAUAGGUCAUUCGUCUACUAUCCGAACUAUAAGACAGAGCAACUCUUGGAAGACAAAAGAAACGAGCUCCUAGAUCUGAUCAUAUCGGUUCUGAGGAGAAACCCAAUGCUCUGCUAUUUCCAAGGAUAUCACGACAUUGCUCAAGUGCUAUUACUGGUACUUGGCCGUAGACAUGCAUACCUGGCACUAGAGCAGAUAUCCCUCUUCCGGAUAAGAGACUAUAUGCUCCCAUCCCUCUCUCCAGCCAUCACGCAUCUCCAGCUGCUACCUCCCAUCAUCACAGCGGUAGACGAGAAACUUGGCCAGCAUUUAGCUGGCAUCCAGCCGUUUUUCGCUCUAGCUGCCACCCUCACACUCUAUGCUCACGAUAUAGAAGAAUACGUUGACAUUGCCCGGCUUUAUGACUUCAUCCUCGCUCAUGAACCGGUCGUAUCGAUUUAUCUAUUUGCUACCAUCAUUCUUUCAAGAAAGGACGAACUGUACGAUAUUCCCGUCGAUGAGCCCGAAAUGAUCCACGGCAUCCUAUCAAAACUACCCAAUCCGCUGAACCUUGAAGCCCUGAUUUCAAGGACUAUGCAGAUAUAUCAUGCUCACCCACCUGAAAAGCUUCCCCGUGAGGCAUGGAGAUCCAUUUCUCCCUAUAGUGUCCUUAAAACUCUAAGAAACCCCGGACUGCACUCAACACGCGAGCAGGCAAGGGCGUAUUUCCAAAAGCAACUCCAAAGCCUCCGGUGGGAGCAAAGGCGCAAAGACGCUGUGAUCCUGCUUCAAAAACACUCUCGUUCAAUCCAACUCGUUGGUGUCACUGUCGUCGUCGGGGUAUUAUCAUACUGGGUGAUGAAACGGGACCCUGACACGAUCAAGUACCUCUGGCGCUUCCUCGGGCCAUUGAGGACUACAUUUGGAAUAUGA